AUGGAAGACGAAUACAGUAUAGACCCCCAGGACUCUACUAUGAGUGAAUUAAACCGUAGCGAAGUUAGUGAAAUUACGGAUUCUUCUAAGGAUUUUUGUGAGCCGGGGGGUUAUGAUGAAAAUUAUGAAGAUGAGGAUGGCGCGAACGGCUUCAGAGGUGGUAGAGGCGGUCGCGGGACUUUCAGGGGUCGUGGACGAGGUCCCCCACCUGGUUGGAUGAAUGGGCCUCCGCCGAUGCGCUUCAGGGGCCGCGGCUACGGGCCCGGCGGACCUCCUAUGAGAGGACGAGGAUUCUUCCGUGGGCGCGGCGGGCCUAGAGGAUAUGGCCCUAAUAAUGGACCUAAUUAUGAGAAUAACUGGGGUCCUAUGGGCCCCCCGCCGCCUGGUAUGAUGGGAGGGCCCCCUCCCUACGGGCCUCCUCCUGGUAUGAUGCCCCCAGGUGGUCCGAUGGGCCCCCCACCAAAUAUGAUGGGACAGCCGCCUCCCUUCGGACCCCCAGGAAUGCCACCACCUAAUAUGCCCGCUCCGGAGCUAUGGGUUGAGACGAAAUCAGAUGAAGGCAAGUCGUAUUACUACCACGCUAGGACUAGAGAGACAACUUGGACCAGACCUCAGGAGAGCCCUACGUGUAAGGUGAUCACGCAGGCUGAAGUGGAUGUUAUGACGGCAGCUGGCCAAUAUCCCGGCAUGAACCAGUCGAUGCCCAUGAACGGUCCCAUGGGUGGCAUGGGCGGUCCAAUGGGCGCGCCCAUGAACGGCCCCAUGGGCAUGAUGGGCAUGAUGCCUCCAGGAGUCGGCCACGGGCCAACACCGGGCUCUGUCCCGCCUUUCAUGAACCAACCACCGCCGUGGGUUAAAGAUAAUAACCAGAUGCAGUCGAAGCUUGACAAGCAGGACAGCUCUCCUGAUGAUGAAGCGCCCCCGGGAGAGGCGCCUUCACAGGCCACGCAACCACCAGGCACCGGCCCUCUAGGCCCAACGCCGGGUGCCGGUGGGCCUUGGGGAUGGGGCUGGGCCCCACCGCUAGUGGCGCAGCCCCCGGGCCUCGCCGCCGCCUCAGCAGCGGUACCUGACACUGGUGCAGCGACUCAAACACAACCCAUCGUCGCGGUGAUGGGAAAUGACGCACAACCAGAUAGCACAAUGACGCCCAAGAAAGAGGAAACGGUGAUACCUCCGGAGCUGUCUCUCCGUGCCGGCGAGUGGACCACACACAGGGCUCCGGACGGCAGGCCCUACUACUACCACGCUGGCACUCGGCAGAGUGUGUGGGAGAAACCGCAGCCACUCAAGGAGUUUGAAGAAUUACAAAACAAAAUAGCCAAAGAGAAAGGUGAAAAGAUUGACAUUAAGAAAGACAGGAGGAUUAUUGACGACGGUAAAAUAGAAGUUAUAGAUGUAGAAGCUCACGCUGAGGCCGCGGCGGCUGCGGAGGCUGCUGAGAGGGAGAGAUUAGAGAGAGAACGGCUGGAGAGAGAGAGAAUAGAGAAGGAGAGAUUGGAGAAGGAGAGAUUAGAGAAGGAGAAACAGGAGAAGGAGAAGGCUAAGACGGAUAAGAGUAGGCCGGUGUCGAGCACUCCUAUAUCUGGGACACCUUGGUGCGUUGUAUGGACGGGUGACGGUAGAGUGUUCUUCUACAAUCCGACGGCGCGUCUGUCAGUGUGGGAACGCCCGGCGCAGUUGGCGGGGAGAGCGGAUGUGGAUCAAGCUGUGUCACAUCCGCCACACCAGCGGGAUCAGCAACGUAAGGAUGCACCAGCUGCAACUACCACGACGCCAGCGAAGAACGCCAACGGUGAACUGAAGAGAGGUGCUUCUGAUUCAUCAGACUCUGAGACUGAACCCGCCAAGAAAGCAAAGUCUGAAGAAACCAAGAAGAAGCCCGGUGUAUCAGCCGGUGUCAUCGAUAUGGGCAAGGAGGCAGCCAUGGAGGCCGAGGCUAGGGCUGCGCCAAAGAGGGCUUUGGUGCCGUUCGAGCAGCGAGUGAGGGCCUUCCUACAGCUGCUGCACGAGAGCGACGUAUCAGCCUUCUCACCGUGGGAGAAGGAACUGCACAAGAUUGUGUUUGAUAGCAGAUACCUGCUGUUGGACUCGAAGGAGAGGAAACAGGUGUUCGAUAAGUACGUGAGGGAGCGAGCGGAGGAGGAACGGAAAGAAAAGAAGAACAGAAUUCAACAGAAGAAGCUGGCCUUUAGGGCGCUCAUGGAUGAAGCUAAGCUGCACUCCAAAUCUUCAUUCACCGAGUUCUCGAGCAAGUACAGCAGGGACGAGAGGUUCAAGAACAUUGAGAAGAUGAGGGACAGGGAGACGUACUUCAACGAGUACAUCGCUGAGGUCCGCAAGAAGGAGAAGGAUGACAAGGACAGGAAGAGGGAACAGGCGAAAACGGAGUACUUAGCGCUAUUGAAGGAAAAGAGUGUUGAUAGGCACUCUAGGUGGCUCGAUGUUAAGAAGAAAAUUGAUACUGACACGAGAUAUAAAGCUGUUGAGAGUAGUUCGCUGAGAGAGGAUUACUUCAGAGAGUACUGUAAGAUGGUUAAAGAAGAGAAGAAGAAGGAAAAGGACGGAAAGGAGAAGGAACGCGAGAGAGGCAAUAAGAAGGACAAGAAAGACAAAGAGAGGGAGAAGGAAAAGGACCGCGAGAAGGAGACGAAGAAGGAGAAGAAGAAAGAGAAGGCUGCUGACAAACAGUUGGAGCAGUCUACUGAGGACGAAAAAAAGCAGCCGACGCCACCGCCGGACCAGUGGGCCGAUAUCCUGGGGAUACCGGGAGAAGAACAGAAGGAAAAGAACGCCAAAGAAGCUAAGAUUAAGGAGAAGAAGGAUUCAGAAAACAGCGAAACUGAAUCACCAUCCUCGGAAAAGGAAAUGCUAUCACCGAAACAAUUAAGAUCCUCGAAGAAAGAUCUACAGAAUCAGGAGAAGAAAUCACCAAUAAAAUCACCGCCCAAGAAGAGGAAGCAGGAGUUCAAAUCUCCCGAACCGGAGCCGGAGAAGAAGGGCAAGAAGAAGACCGAAAAGACCGAGAAGACUGAGAAGACGGAGAAAAGACGGCGGAAGAAGUCUGAGAAAGAAUAG